AUGGAGAACACAAACAAGGAGAACAACUCCAAAGAGAAAUCUGAAGAACAUAUGAGUUGCAAACUUACAUCAGUAGAAGCUGAAGAGGGACAGGGAACUUCUGGUGAAGCAAAGAAAGCAAAAAACUCAGCACAGGGGACCAAAAGAAAAAGAGAUACAAAAAAUAGCACAGCUUGCGGUCCAGGAGACACAUCACAACGCUGUGCCGGUGUGAAACCUCCGAAGACACCGACGCGGAUCCCCAUCCCCCCUCUACCUGAAGUCCUGCCGCCUGUCAACCUGGUCCACAGGGAUGUCAUUCGUGCUUGGUGCCAGCAGUUAAAACUGAGCACCAAAGGCCCGAAACUAGAUGGAUAUAAACGACUCUGUGAAUAUGCUUACCCUCAUCAAAAAAACAUUCCUGCCACAACACAGGAGGCCAGGAUCCUGUCACUGUCGAAAAGGAUAAAGAUAGAAAAGGGGGAACUACCACUGGAAUGCUCUGUUGAGAAAACAUCUUCUGAUGGGGCUGCUCCUCUUGCACGGGGGCCACCUGCCCUUGAGGGAGCUCCUCCGCCUCUUGAGGCAGUUGUAUCAACUUCUGCCCCUGACUCAGAAGCUGUGUUUGCCUCCUGGAGCAGAAUGACAGCCAGGGCCUUGAAGUCGGAGUCAGUAGGAUCACAAGAGACCUGUGAGGUCCGCUGGUGCGUGGUCCACGGGAGAAGUCUCCCAGCUAACACAGACGGCUGGGUUCGUUUACAGUUUCAUGCUGGGCAGGCAUGGGUGCCUGGAAAACGAAGGAAGGUGUCCGCAUUCUUCCUGAUACCUUCUGGUGAUUUUCCACCCCCACACCUGGAGGACAAUAUGCUGUGCCCUGAGUGUGUACACAGGAAUAAAGUGUUAACAAAAAGCCUGCAGUGA